UCCGUCGUUGGCCGGCUGAUUUUCACAGUGGAGUUUGAUGUGCGCACAGUGAAAAACGUUUGGAUGAGUAAAAACUGUCUCUAGCUUUCUCUGGAGUGAAGUUUCUACUGAGUGCCACAUCAUAAGGAUGCUCGAGAUGUUGCAGAGGUAGAAGAUUUUAAACUUGUGGCUUUUGGGACACAAGAGUGGAGAAGAUGAUGAUCCAGGCCUCCUGUCUGCAGCUGUGUUUAAUCCUGCUCAUGGUGGGACACCUACAAGGCAGAGUAACAGCACCACAGCGUCUGGAAGCUCCAGUGGAGAAGCCUUUCACCUUGACCUGCACCAUUUUGAGGGAACGAGGUGAAUUCCUGAGACAGGUGCGUUGGCUUGAUGUCCAGAAUCAGACCCUGCUGAGCUACGAGCCAGACAACAGAGACAGCGUGAGUGGACAGCAGCAUGUGGAGCUUGCCUCCUCCUCCUCAAAGGACACCUCAGCCAUCACUAUUCGCAGGGUGGGCUUCCGUGAUGAAGGCUGCUACACUUGCAUAUUUGAACUGUAUCCUUCUGGUUCGAGGCAAGGAUGGACAUGUCUCAUGGUGACCUCUCAAGUCACCGUUGACAGCAACAAAACAGCAGUGAGUGGCAAAAAGGCCUCCCUUUCAUGCUCCUAUGGUUUGCCUGAAAAGGUCCAACAGGUAGUAUGGAGGUACACGUCUGCCCAGGGCGAAUCCACAGAUCUAGCCUCCUUUGCAAAGCAGAGCAACCCCAUGAUCAAGCUACCAUACCAGGGAAGAUUUUGGCUCACUGCUUCCCUGUCUGACAGUCAGCUCACCAUCCAGCCUGUUGCCAUCCAGGAUGAGGGCUGCUAUACCUGCAUGUAUGAAACCCAUUCAGAUGGGCAGAAGAGCUCCACAGUUUGCCUCUCCACCUAUGUGCUGCCAAAACCUCAGGUGAGCUACAAAACCACUUCUCCAGGGGUGAUCGAGGCAAACUGCACCUCUGUUUCAAGGCCGCCGGCAGAGAUUGUGUGGAAUGUGGAGAGAGACAACCGCACGAUGGGCCCCCCUGUGACAAAACAGCUACACAAAGAUGAUGGGACCACUCUGGUCGUCAGUACUCUGACUGUCCAAUCCGGGCUGUUGAAAGAUGUGUCCGUCAAAUGCUUGGUGCACCACAAAGGGCUUGAGUCGCCAAUUGCUGUAUCCAUGAACACCAAGAUUGGGACAGCCCUCACCAUCCUGAUCUCAGUCACCACAGUAGCAGCUCUGUUGGUUCUAUCCCUCUGCUUCUGCCUUUGGAAGUGUUUUUUGCGCAAACAAGCUGAUUAAUCAUAAAUAAAUGAGACCAGAGGCUGACAAGAAGAAAUGCUGGGAGCCAGCCUAGCAGAAUUAUUUCCCUCCAUUAUCAUCGUCUUCAUCAUCAUCAGAAUCUAGGCACAAAGGGAAGAUAUUCUGCCUCUGUAGGAUGUCCAUUACAAUCCUAUUUAUGAGCACCAAAUGGACAACACUUGACUCUGGUCUGCUGCAUCUGAUAUAAUCUCCAGGCUGUCCUCACAUGGUGUCAGUGAGGAACUCUUAAGCAGAUCUUGCUCGCUUCCUCUCUGUGAUUCUGUAAUCGAAUGAAUUGCUUUCCUCAUCCAACAGCAAAGUCUCUGUAUGGCAAGUUGAAGUACAGUUAUUUGGCAUCACAGUGCCUGUCCUUAAAACACUUCCCUCUCUUAGCCUCUGCCUUUCACCUGGUCUGUAAAGAAAGAGUGUGGUCAUAUUUUAUAUUUUUCAUAUUCAGCAAGUUACCAGAAACCACAUGUGUAUUUGUAUGUAUCCAUGCUGAAACCUAUAGGCAGAAAACUCUUUGUCUUCUGAAAAAAAUAUAGAAUGUUAUUUUAAAACAGUGAAAUUAUAUGAAGUGUUCCAAGAUUCAGCUGCACAGCCACACCUGUACUGCAGAGAUAUACUAACAUUUUGGGUAACAGUAGGGGGAAAAAAAUUGCCAUCCCUAUCCUUUGAAUAACCCAGCUAAUCAUCACUAUGAGCUGAUAUUUAUUCGUUCUCUUGUACCUCAGCUGAAGACCCUGUCGCUUCAGUGUAUUGUGAAAGCUGGGUGUGGUCGUAGGUAGUAUUAGAUAAACUAAAAGGGCUGCAUACUCAUUCCUUGUUUAUGUAAUAUCUAUUACAAACUUUUCUACGUGUUUCAAAGUCUGUGUGUGUGUGUGUGUGGGUGUGGGUGUGUGUGUUUGAUAGAGGUGGAAUUCCACGGUCAGAUGGCUUGAAUCAGUUGCCUGAGGGAGCAACACUAAAACCUUUUUGGUGCCCUAGAAAGGAAUGCGUGUCUUGUUGCCUCCAUCAUACAGUCAUGGUUAGUGGUUUGAAAAAUGACUUGAGGACUGCAGGUUAAAUACCCAAAGAAAGACUCUACGUGCCUAAUGUAUGAUCUGCGGUGAUCUGCGAUGAACUGCAACAACGCUUCGGGGUAAUAUUGCGUUUGUAUGUGUAAAGGGGUGUUUUUAAAAAUGUUGUUUCUGCGUUGAAGUAAUAUUUUGUUUCAAAGCAUAUGACUUGCAUCUGCCAGUUCGUUUCUUUGUCAACAGAAGAACGGCAUGAAAGUUAUUCAACUUUAGGCUCCAGCACUUCAUUCAAAAGCCAAGAGUUUAGGUAGGACUUCUGUGUCUACGCAGUGAUCAUGAGCACACACUUUACAUUAGUAUGAUUCUGAAAACAGUUUCGGAACAUUUUUUAAAUAGGAAUGCGAUGUAGCAUCUAUAAGAAAAAAUAAAAAGGAUCAAAGGAUGCAUGAAUGACUAUUUACAUAUGUAAAGUUAAUGUAAUGCAACAAACAGAAUAAUAAAGGUGUUUAAAAAUG